ACUGCUUACUGUACCUACAGCUAGCAGUCCUUGGAAAAUAUCUCAGGUCUGUUGAGUGACGAGAUCCCGGCUGUUUCAUCCCUUUCCAUGCCACUUUCCCGAGCUAUGUCCCAGACCUUCACCCGCGCCGAGGUUGCGCAGCACAACACCGAAGACUCGGUCUGGUGUAUUAUCGACCACCGCGUCUAUGACCUCACCGACUUUCUCGACGCACACCCCGGUGGUAGUGUGGUUCUGAACCAAGUCGCCGGCCAGGACGCCACCACAGACUUCUUCAACCUCCAUCGCCAGGAGGUGCUGGAGAGGUACAGUCGUCUGUGUAUCGGCACUGUGGCCGGAGAAACCCCCGAGGUUGUGACCCCUGAACCGGGCAGUCUCAGUCAGGUCCCAUACGCCGAACCCCUGUGGCUGCGGCCCGCCUUCAAGAGCCCUUACUACAAUGACAGCCAUCGGCGCCUGCAGAAGGCGCUGCGCGAGUUCACCGAUCGCUACGUUACGCCGGAGGCGCAGGAGAAGGAGCGGGAUGGGACAUACAUCAGUCAGGAGUUGAUCGAUCGCAUGGCGGAGACUAACAUCCUGGCCAUGCGGUUGGGGCCGGGCAAGCAUCUGCAUGGACGGAAGCUGCUCGGUGGUGUCGUCGAUGGCAAGGAAUUCGACUACCUGCACGACUUGGUUGUGUCGCAGGAGUUGGUCAGAGCCAAUGCUCGCGGCUUUCAGGAUGGAAACAUGGCAGGCAUGGCCAUCAGUUUGACUGCCGUCCAGCAAUGGCUGCGCAACGAGCCCCUUCGCCAGCAAAUCACAGAUGAAGUCUUGUCUGGAAGAAAGAAGAUGUGUCUUGCCAUCACAGAAGCCUUUGCAGGCAGUGAUGUGGCUGGUCUACGCACUACAGCUAAGAAGACCCCCGACGGCAAGUACUACAUUGUGAAUGGAACCAAGAAAUGGAUCACGAACGGCAUGUUCUCCGACUACUUCGUCACCGGUUGCCGGACAGAGAAAGGCUUCUCGGUGCUCCUGAUCCCUCGCGGGGAGGGGGUCGAGACGAAACAGAUCAAGACAUCUUACUCGACCACAGCCGCCACGGCGUUUGUGCAGUUUGAGAACGUCAAGGUGCCUGUUGACAAUCUCCUGGGCGAGGAGCACAAGGGCUUCAUUGUGAUCAUGAGCAACUUCAACCACGAGCGCUUUAUGAUGGCCAGCAGCGUAGUUCGCAUGUGCACGACUAUCGUCGAGGAGUGUCUGAAAUGGUGCAAUCAGCGCAUCGUCUUCGGCAAGAAGCUGAUCGAGCAGCCAGUGAUGCGGCAAAAACUUGCUCGCAUGAUUUCCCUCUGCGAAGCCAACCAAUCGUGGCUCGAGUCCAUCGCUUACCAGAUGUGCAACAUGAGCUACGCAGAGCAGUCUGCUCAUCUGGGCGGUCCCAUCGGCUUGCUUAAAUCCCAUGCCACGCGGUCAGCCCAGGAGAUUGCCGAACAGGCUACUAACAUCUUCGGAGGACGCGGUCUGACCCAAACCGGCAUGGGCAAGGUGAUUGAAAUGUUCCAUCGGACCUACAAGUUCGACGCUAUCUUAGGUGGUACGGAGGAAAUUCUGGCUGAUCUUGGUGUGCGGCAAGCGAUGAAGAGGUUCCCCAAGGCCAUGCUAUAGUUCUUAAUCUGCUACCUAGAACUGAAUGCAGGCA